GAGUAGUUAGAUUCUCGAAAUCCAUAAAUUAAAAUUUAGGAUGAUGUAAAACAACUUCAAUUUGGUCUCGUCUGCCACUGCCGCCUUUGUUAACCCCUCUCCUUUUUCUCUCUCUUCUUAACCCCGCAAAGUCCCCGACAUUUCCUCUGCCAAUCCCUGGAAUUUUUGCGCCCUUUUCCUUUUUUUUUUUUUUUUUUUUUUUUUUUUUUUUAGGUUUUCACAGUUUUCUUCAACACUUCCAAAGAAGCAAAGAUGCAGCAACACCACCAACAACAACAACAACACCUACAACAACAGCAACACCAGCAACAACAGCAGCAGCAGCAGCAGCAGCAGCAACAGCAGCAACAGCAACAACAACCUCAAAUGUUUAACAUCCCGUCUUCACAACCCACCAUUAUCAUCACCACUGAGCAAAUUCAAAAGUAUCUGGAUGAGAAUAAGCAGCUGAUUUUGGCAAUUAUGGAAAGUCAGAACAUGGGGAAAAUCAAUGAGUGUGCCCAGUAUCAAGCUCAGCUGCAGAAAAACUUAAUGUACCUGGCCGCAAUUGCUGAUGCUCAGCCGCCAGCAUCAACAGGGCCUUCUCAGCCUCAGAUCCCCAUGCAAUCUUCCAUUCCACAAGGCCCUUUUAUGCCACCUCCAAAAGCUGCAGUUAGUCCACAGCAAGCAGGUCCUAGAAUGCCCUUUGCCAUGCAGUCAUUUGACCAGCAGUCACCCGAUAUGCAAUACCAACAAUCUAUGGCAGGUUCCAUGGGCAUGAGAAUGGGAGGAAACAAUGGUUUACGCCCUGCUGGCCACACUGGCUUUGGAGCUCCAACACAGUUGAUGGAUGCACGUAACAGACAAGAUGGUUCUGAAGCCGGUCCCGGUGAUGAUCAUGGGAAGUGAUGUAGCAAGGUGCUCACUGAGAGAAUCAUGGAUCUGCUUGGGUGAUUAAGGUGAAAAAUUUGCUACCCGAAGAUAAGAAAUACUUCACACUAGUUUUCGACCCAGCAGGUUUCACUGAUUUCAAACAGAAGAAUUUGGUUUGCUUUGCCAAGUUCAAUAAUUUUGCAUAGAAGGGUUUGCCUUGUACAUCAGCUGAUUGCAGGUGGUUAUGCCUGCAUUAAAUGAGAUGGGUUGGAUGUAUGUCGACGCUUCAACUAAUAGAUAUAUAUACAUAAAUCUAAGACGAUUUAUGGCUGUCCUUUUGUAUGUUACAGCAUGAACAAAAAUAUCAUGUAUGCAUAACGAUAUUGUUCAUAGACUCGCUUGCUCAGUUGAAUGUUGUAGCUAACUACUAAUUAUCUUGUUGGUUGUUGCUGAGAAAUUGAGAGCAUCAACCAUGAGUUAUUUCCUAGUUACACUAAAA